AUGCUUUUGUUCCCGCAACCUCUCCCAAAUCGAUUCUCUUCAAUUAACGUAACUUCUCCAAUCUUCCACCAGCACCACCAGCACCACCUUAUCUUCCACCCACCACUCUGCGCCACUUCCACUGCCCUCACCACUACGAAUGUCGCCGACUACUCUCUUUCUUCUUCAAAACGACAAAAAGCUGCUUCACAAAACGCCAUAGAAGACUACGAAUACGACGACAACGACAUUCUCCCUCUACAAAGCCGCCGUUAUGACUUCAAUCCACUACUCGACUAUCUCUCCAACAAAAUUGCCACUUCCACCGACUCCGACUCCGAAUCCGAAUCCAACUCAGCCUCUCCUACUUCACUGGAGCACACUGAGUUCCAACUCGCCGAGUCAUACCGUGUAGUCCCUGGUCCACUCUGGCACUCUCUAUUGAAAUCUCUCUGCUCUUCCUCUUCCUCUAUUGGUCUCGCUUACGCUGUCGUUUCAUGGCUACAGAAGCAUAACCUCUGUUUCUCUUAUGAGUUGCUGUAUUCUAUUUUGAUUCACGCGUUAGGCCAAUCAGAGAAAUUAUACGAGGCGUUUUUGCUCUCUCAGAGUCAAAAUUUGACCCCAUUAACUUAUAAUGCCUUGAUUAGCGCGUGUGCACGGAAUAAUGAUCUUGAAAAGGCGCUUAAUUUGAUAUCUAGAAUGAGGCAGGAUGGUUAUCCUUCGGAUUUUGUUAAUUAUAGUUUGAUAAUUAGGUCAUUAAUGAGGAAAAAUCGAGUUGAUUCUGCUAUUUUGCAAAAGCUUUAUAGGGAAAUUGAGUGUGAUAAGCUUGAACUUGAUGUGCAGUUAUCGAAUGAUAUCAUUGUUGGGUUUGCGAAAGCUGGUGAUUUAAGUCAAGCAUUGGAGUUUUUAGGUGUGGUUCAAGGUAGUGGAUUGAGCGUGAAAACUGCGACGCUUGUAACGGUUAUUUGGGCUUUAGGGAAUUGUGGUAGGACGGUGGAAGCAGAGGCGAUUUUUGAGGAAAUGAGAGAUAAUGGAUUGAAACCAAGGACUAGGGCUUAUAACGCACUUCUUAGAGGUUAUGUUAAAGUAGGUUUGUUGAAAGAUGCGGAGUUUGUUGUUUCGGAGAUGGAAAGGAGUGGUGUUUCGCCUAAUGAACAGACUUAUAGUUUGUUGAUUGAUGCGUAUGGGAAUGCAGGGAGAUGGGAGAGUGCGAGGAUCGUGUUGAAGGAAAUGGAAGCAAGUAAUGUGCAGCCUAAUGCCUAUGUUUUUAGUCGGAUUUUGUCAAGUUACCGGGAUAAAGGGGAGUGGCAGAAAACUUUUCAGGUUUUGAGGGAAAUGAAGAAUAGUGGGGUGCGUCCUGAUAGGGUAUUUUAUAAUGUUAUGAUUGAUACUUUUGGCAAGUUUAAUUGUCUCGAUCAUGCUAUGGCUACCUUUGAUAGGAUGUUAUCGGAGGGGAUAGAGCCUGAUACAGUUACUUGGAAUACACUAAUAGAUUGUCAUUGUAAGUCUGGGAAGCAUGAUAGAGCGGAGGAGUUGUUUGAGGAAAUGAUGGAAGGAGGCUACUCGCCAUGUAAUACUACAUUUAACAUUAUGAUUAAUUCAUUUGGGGAACAGGAGAGAUGGGACGAUGUGAAGAAUUUGUUGACAAAUAUGCAGAGUCAGGGUUUAUUGCCUAACGCCGUGACAUAUACUACCCUCAUUGAUAUUUACGGGAAAUCAGGGAGGUUUAAUGAUGCAAUUGAGUGCUUGGAUGAUAUGAAAGCUGCAGGAUUGAAACCAUCCUCUACUAUGUACAACGCUUUGAUAAAUGCCUAUGCACAGAGGGGUUUGUCUGAGCAAGCUGUAAGUGCAUUUAGGGCAAUGAGGGCUGAUGGCCUAAAGCCUAGUCUCUUAGCUCUCAAUUCAUUGAUCAAUGCAUUUGGCGAGGAUAGGAGGGAUGUUGAAGCUUUUGCAGUGCUGCAGUACAUGAAGGAAUAUGACUUGAAACCAGAUGUGGUUACUUAUACAACACUGAUGAAAGCUCUGAUUCGUGUUGAGAAGUUCGAUAAGGUGCCAUCUGUGUACGAAGAAAUGAUUUUGUCUGGGUGUACUCCAGAUAGGAAAGCUAGAGCAAUGUUACGCUCUGCUCUGAAAUACAUGAAGCAAACACUAGAAUUGUAG